AUGGACGCCGCCGAGCAGCUGCCAGCACCGGCCGCGGCGACGCGCGCGCUGGUGCACGCGCAGCCGCCGGUCCACCCCUGGUCCACGGGCCUGUUCGACUGCGCCGAGGACCCCGGGAACUGCUGGAUGACGUGCUUCUGCCCGUGCAUCACCUUCGGGCUGGUGGCGGAGAUCGUGGACCGCGGCUCCCUCUCCAGCGGGGCGAGCGCGGCGCUGUACGUGCUCAUCGGGAUGGUCACCUCCUGGUGGUUCCUGCCCAUCUACACCUGCUUCUACCGCACCAAGAUGCGCGCCCAGUACGGCCUCCAGGAGGCCCCCUACCCGGACCUCUGCGUCCACUGCUUCUGCGAGUGCUGCGCCCUCUGCCAGGAGUACCGCGAGCUCCACAACCGCGGCUUCGUCAUGGACAUCGGAUGGCACGCCAACAUGGAGCUGCAGCAGCGCGGCGGCGCGGCGACCGUGCCGCCCACCAUGCACGUAGACGGGAUGACACGCUGAUCGUGAUCGAUCGCUGCAAGAGCUAGCUAGCUUAGCCACCUAGCUGUUGGAUCCAAAUCUAUAUACCUUCCAUCUCGAACCAUGAUGCGAGAGGGGUAGUUCAGCUUAGGACAAGAGAUCAAGUUCUCUGGUGAGGGGGUGUGGUAUCUUCUCGGUUCUUAGUGCAGGUGUUCGGCGAGAUCGUUGCCAAGGCGGCUGGCAAUGCCUUCGACGCGCUGUUUCUAUCUUCUCCGACAGGUGUUCGAGCUUGAAGGGCGACUCCAUCUUCAAGGGGUGCUUCUUUUCCUAUCAGUGUAGGUGCUUCUAGGGUGGGUUUGUGUUGUAAGCUGUUUUCUCAACACCUUUGUAUCUUUUCGUUGCUUUUUCGUUGUCUAAUGUGCUUGUGUUGGUUGUAUUCUAGAUGGGGUUGAUGGCUUUUUUAAUUCAAAGUUGGGCCCAUCCGAGCCUCAUUUCUUAGAAAAACUAAUUAGAGACUAAGUUGUCUUGU